GUUCGGGCGGUAGCUUUUUGAUUGUUUUGUUGUGCUUUUCGAUUGUUUUUGUUUACUAUUGAGGACAAGAGCAUGUUAUGAACACAUGAAUUUUGUUUGAGUUACGUGUCUUCUGAAAUUAGCAGCGCAACGCAACAUGCCAACUGUUGCCAAUCUUAGCUUCAGCAGAGAGAAAACAGCACUCCUGGUAAAUGUAUAUGAGAUGUCUGAAGCCUAAAAUUGCCCCAAAUCUGUGCCAAACAUUAAACCAUUUAAUUUAAAACUAGUCAUUGAAGUGGGGCUGUUAUUACGCACAGUGAGACCUCACAUUAUCCUGCUGUUAGAGUUGUUGUUUAUGAAAGAAUCAAACUAAUUUGGGGGAUUAAACUCACUCACAAACAAAUAACAGUAACCCUGUAAUUUUCCUGAGAUAAUCAUGGGUAUUAUCUCAGGACAGUGAUUGGGGACACCUAUAAAGCUAGACGUUUGAGCAGGUAAAAUGGCAACACUGAAAACACAUCUGACUGGCAAAGAUGGAGCGGAUUAUCCUCUUGUGCUUGGUUUGCACCUGUCUCACAGCUGUACAUGCUCAGAAAUUUUUAUUCAGCCCAAAAUGGGGACCAAUUGGCUAUAAAGAACACGAAGAGCAUGGUGAUGAGACAGUGAUGGAUGAAAUAAUUAAAACCAAUGAGUUCCUUGGUUCCCGAAUCAUAGAUGGCACUACCAGUCUCAGAGAGGGAGACAUUGCCGUUUCUUCUGGGAGACGCUCCAAGGUCUGCUUCGCUCGCAGCUGCCUCUGGUCUAAGUCAGUGGAUGGACAUGUCUAUGUUGCAUAUAAUCUCUCACCCAAAUACUCUGAAAUUGAGACAAAGCUGAUAAAGAAAGGGAUGGAAAACGUAGAGAAAGGUACCUGUGUGAAAUUUGUUCCUCGGACUCACCAGCGAGACUACAUCGACAUCCAGCCAAAGUCUGGGUGUUGGUCCUACCUUGGUGCGCGUGGCGGAAGACAGACCGUGUCUCUCCAGACUCCUGACUGCCUGCGGGUUGGAGUGAUUUCCCAUGAAUUCAUGCAUGUCCUGGGAUUUGUGCAUGAGCAGUCACGCUUUGACCGGGACAACUAUGUCACCAUCAUGUGGCCAAACAUUUGGAGGGAUCGGGUGAGGAAUUUUGAGAAAUUCAAGACAGAAAAUCUGGACCUACCGUACGACUAUGGUUCAAUCAUGCACUUUGGGAUGUAUGCCUACUCUCAGGAUGGAAAUCCAACCAUCAUUGCUAAGAACAGCAAGAACAUAAAACUGGGCCAGACGUCGUCUCUGAGCCACAUUGACAAGCUGAAAAUCAACAAGCUUUAUAAGUGUGGUGAUGCAGAUGAUUACUAACCACACUGAACUGAGUUCAAACAGGAAUGCACUGAAAGCUAAUAUGAUAAACUGAUGUUAAAUCAUGGAAACAAUUUCAAUAAAGAUUCGUUCAAGCUUUCUAUCAGCAUUUCAUCUGUGCACAUGCAGUCUUGUGUAUUUACACGAGUAUCAUGUAGCUGAUGUUGAGCUUGGAUGUCAAAUGUAGUAAAAAGAAAGAAACAGAUAACAUGGUUUGAAGCAGUUGCAUGAAGAAAAUGUAAUGUCCCACUUGUAUGCAUACUUGCACACAUAAUAUUGUAGUAAAAUAAAGUUUUUGAAGA